UUUAGCCCUUGACUGUUGUUCUGUUCAUACUUCAUGUUCUUCAAUCUUGAGUGUUAAUUGUUAUUCCUCCCCUAAAAUUUCGUUCUCUAAUCCAAACAAUCGUUUCUAUGGAUUCCCUUCUGGCAAACUAUGCUUCUUCAGACGAAGAUGAUGAACAAAAGCCACAACCACAAUCCUCCAUUAAACCAUUCCUUUCCCUUUUCUCAUCUCUUCCCAAACCCCAAUCUUCUUCUUCUUCUUCUACCAAAUUUCCUUCUCUCCCACCACCCAAAUCCUCUUCUCAACUUCCAAAACAACAAGAUUCUUCUCUAAAAUCCUCCUCUUUAUUCUCUAAUCUCCCUCCUCCUAAAUCUGAUACAACAACUGAUCUCCCUAUCCCACUCCCAAAUCCCAAAAGGGUUGUUCAAUUUCGUCCUCCUGUUCCUCUUCCUUCUUCAAAUCUUAAUCAAGAUGAUGAAGAACACGAAGAAGAUGAAGAAGAAGAAAAAGAGAAAGAGAGAAACAAACAAAAAGAAAUUAGUUAUGAUACUUCUGUUAAAUCCUUUCUUUCAAGCAUGCCUACCCCUAAAGCUUCCGGGUUAGGGUCCGCUCCCUUUGCAUUAGGGUCUGGUCGUAAGUCCAUUGUUGAAACCGAGGUACCCUCUUCAGCCCCAUCGAAUUCGGAUAAUAAUGAGGUGACUAAUGGAGUGGGUUUUGGUACUUAUGUUGAGAGUAAUCAAGAAAAUUUGGUAGAUGGGACUAAUGUUUAUUGUUAUGAUGAAGUGGGUGCUGCAGGGGACCAAGGGUAUGCUAGUUAUGGAGGUUACAACGCUCAUGGAAGUAGUACUAGUGAAUAUGGUAGUAGUUAUGAAGGUUAUGGACAUUAUGAUAGUAGUAACAAUUGGUAUAAUGCUUCGUCUGGAGAUUCAGGGGGUUCUUUGAUACCGGCGGCAGUUGAGGGUUUUUCUAGCUUAGGUGGGAAGAGAAGGAGGGAUCAACCACCACCUGAAAUUGUUGAGGUCAAGCAGGAUGAAUUGAUGAAGAACCGCCCGAAAGAUGACAAGUCAAAGCUUACCGGAAUAGCCUUUGGACCUUCUUAUCAGCCGGUUUCAAAUAAAGGGAAACCUUCAAAGCUGCACAAACGAAAGCAUCAAAUUGGUUCAUUGUACUUCGAUAUGAGGCAAAAGGAAAUGGAACUUCAAGAACGACGUGCUAAAGGAUUUCUCACGAAAGCUGAAACACAAGCGAAAUACGGAUGGUGAAUAUGUAGUAUUUGUUAUAUAGCAAAGCGCAUCAAGCAUGGUACUGGAGCUGUUUACUUUUGGAGAUGAUCCUUGCUGCUCUUUGUGAUUACAAGUUGGUUUUGUGAAACCGGAAUGUUGAUGAAUUAUUUUCCAGUUUCGUGGUGUAUUGAUACGAGUUCUUUCGAGAUUCUUAGGAACAUCUUAUGUUUUCUGUUCCUGUACUGUAAAAUAUCUUGGUUUUACUUUUAUGUAAUUCUUCUAAUUUUAUUUUCUGUAAAUUGAAAAUGAAUUUACAUGAAGUUGUUAGACGGAACCUCUUGUUACAACUUCACUAACUUGACUUAAGUUUUUUGGCUUUUGUCAAGUCGUUUUAAUACAGCAGCUAGUCUCUUGAGAAA